AUGACGCAAGUCACGCCUAUGCUCAGCAGUGGGCUGAUACGGGAUGACGAUGAUGAUACAUAUUAUGCAGUGGCUAAAACGUCGAGGUUCGGCUGGGGAUGUCUUGUUAAAAAGGAUUGCGCCGAGCUCUGUUUCCUGAGCAAUCCUUUUAUCAUAUCCAACUUCAGGGGAAUAACAAAGGGCAACGGCAAGAUGGUGAAAAGUUUUGUGCUGCUGGCUGUAGCGUCCAACUCCAUGAGAUUAGGGCGAACAGUCAUUACCGCGCAGUCGGCGCGAGAGGGCAGCCGCGCAGCUCUAGUGAUGGGCUCGAUUCGAAUUUCGAACGGAAAAUACUUUCCCGCGCGAACACCGAUUGUAAUGCAGAAACCGCUUGAAGGUAUGGCGCUGCCCAGCAGCGAUGGGUUGCUGAAAGCGCGUCUAUGGUUUUACAGCGUGGGGUUCGCCCAUUUGGCCUUCACGGCCAUUGUGUCCCUCUCCAUAGACAUGUCGAACGACAAGGACCCCAGCGUGAGCGCCUACAUAAACAUCAGAUGGAAACUGCUAACGUGCUGGUUCAAUAUGCUUACCCUCGCUUACUUUCCCGUCUGCAUAUACUGCGAUUGGAAAGAGCGUUGCGGCCAGUGGAAUUCGCGACGAGUGGCCACUUUGCGACGGAUAAAAGACUCUUUGAUGACCGGCAUACUAUUCCCUAUCACGUUGUUCGCUGACUUCAUUUUCUGGCGCAUCUGGCACAAAGACGUGAGCCUUAUAGCGCCACCGAGGAUUUUCGCGUAUCUGCCCAACUGGGUUCAGCAUUCUCUGCACACCGUUUCAAUGCUGAUAAUGGUAUUGGAUCUCCUUCUGGUGCCGCGGAGGAGGCCUCGCAGUCUUUUACCUGGCCUUUGCCUCCUACUGGCCUUUAUGAGCACGUACAUGCUGGUAUGCGGCAUAAGUUUACUCAACGGAGAAGUAGUAUAUGCGGUGUUCAAAAUGUUCGACGAAUUCAAAUUGGCGUUACUCGCUCUGAUGGUCAUUGUAGAAUGCAUGUUCUUUUACUUUAUCCAGUGGUUUAUAAUUGACUUGUUUUGGGGGCCGCAGGUGAAA